AACUAAAACCAAAAUCCAAUUUUCCUCAAUAAAAAAAAACCCCAUUAUCCAUUUCUUUUUCUCGUGAAGCAAAUACAAUAAUAUAUUAUCAGUCACCACCGUCUUGAUGUUUUACUGCUUUAAAGUACUUUUGAGUCUGAUUGAUCCACAAGAUCAGCUACCAGUCCACUGAUAUGUGGUGGAAGUGAUCGGUUUACUACUAAGAAUCAGCCAUGGCUUCUUCUUUACCGGGUCAACUCGUUUUUCUCUUAGAGAAUGGACAUCAUGUGUGGGAGGACCAAUCUCUCAUCAAGUGGAGGAAGAGAGAUGCACAUGUCCCUUUACGUUGCCAUGAUUCAAUUGAAGGAUCUCUUAAAUACUGGUAUGAGCGCAACAAAGUGAAUUUUCUGGUAUCCAACUCUGCUGUUUGGGAUGAUGAUGCUGUUCCUGGAGCUCUUGAUAGCGCGGCCCUUUGGGUCAAGGACUUGCCUUUUGUGAAGUCUUUGUCAGGCUAUUGGAAAUUCUUCUUGGCUUCCAGUCCUAGAAAUGUUCCUGUAAAUUUUUAUGACACUGCAUUUCAGGAUUCUGAGUGGGAAACCUUGCCAGUUCCUUCAAACUGGCAGAUGCAUGGAUUUGAUCGGCCUAUUUAUACAAACGUUGUUUAUCCAUUUCCACUUGAUCCACCUUCUGUUCCUGUGGACAACCCUACUGGCUGCUAUAGGACAUACUUUCACAUUCCUAAAGAAUGGAAGGGUCGCAGGAUUUUGUUGCAUUUUGAAGCUGUUGAUUCUGCAUUCUGUGCAUGGCUAAAUGGGGUCCUGAUAGGAUAUAGUCAGGACAGUAGACUUACUGCUGAAUUUGAAAUCACUGAUUAUUGUUAUCCAUCUGAUAUGGACAAGAAAAAUGUACUAGCUGUUCAAGUAUUCAGAUGGAGUGAUGGCUCCUACCUUGAAGAUCAAGAUCAUUGGUGGUUAUCUGGCAUUCAUCGUGACGUGCUUCUUCUUUCCAAGCCACAGGUAUUCAUUGCAGACUACUUUUUCAAAUCAACUCUGGCUGAGGAUUUUUCGUAUGCAGACAUACAGGUUGAAGUGAAAAUAGAUAACUCCAGAGAAACAUCUAAAGAUAGCGUUCUUGCAAACUAUGUUAUAGAAGCUGCAUUAUUUGACACUGCGUGCUGGUACAGCAUUGAUAGAUAUGCUGACCUGCACUUGUCCAAUGUGGCUAGUAUAAAGCUUAAUCUCUCAUCCAGCACGAGUCUGGGGUUUCAUGGUUAUUGGCUGGUAGGGAGACUGGACAUGCCGAGGCUUUGGUCUGCAGAGCAACCAAGCCUGUACACUCUUGCUGUUUCAUUGAAAGAUGCAUCUGGCAACCUUCUGGACUGUGAAUCAUGCCUAGUAGGCAUACGGCAAGUAUCAAAAGCCCCCAAACAGCUGCUUGUUAAUGGGCAUCCAAUAAUAAUAAGGGGUGUGAACAGGCAUGAGCAUCAUCCACGUCUGGGGAAGACAAACAUAGAAUCCUGCAUGGUUAAGGAUUUGGUUUUAAUGAAGCAAUACAAUAUCAAUGCUGUGAGAAACAGUCAUUAUCCCCAACAUCCUCGUUGGUACGAGCUCUGUGAUUUGUUUGGCAUGUACAUGAUAGAUGAAGCCAACCUUGAAACCCAUGGUUUUGAUCUUUCUGGGCAUGUGAAGCAUCCUACUUUGGAACCCAGCUGGGCUACUGCAAUGAUGGACCGUGUGAUAGGCAUGGUUGAGAGAGACAAAAAUCAUGCUUGCAUUAUCUCUUGGUCCUUAGGGAAUGAAGCUGGAUAUGGACCUAAUCAUUCUGCUUUAGCUGGCUGGGUUCGUGGAAAGGAUCCCUCACGGCUGGUACAUUACGAAGGGGGUGGAUCCAGAACCUCAUCCACAGAUAUUGUAUGUCCCAUGUAUAUGCGGGUCUGGGACAUGUUGAAGAUUUCGAGUGAUCCAAAUGAAACACGCCCUUUGAUAUUGUGCGAGGAUUCACAUGCAAUGGGAAACAGCAAUGGGAAUUUACAUGAAUAUUGGGAAGUAAUUGAUAGCACAUUUGGUCUUCAAGGAGGCUUUAUCUGGGAAUGGGUUGAUCAGGCCCUGUUGAAGGAUAAUGCAGAUGGUAGUAAGCAUUGGGCAUAUGGGGGUGACUUUGGUGAUGUUCCUAAUGAUUUAAACUUCUGUUUGAAUGGCCUUACAUGGCCAGAUCGAACUCCUCAUCCAGCACUGCAUGAAGUCAAGUAUGUGUACCAACCAAUCAAGGUUUCAUUUAGCGAAGAAACACUAAGGAUAACAAAUACCCACUUUUAUAAAACAACACAAGGAUUGGAGUUCAGCUGGGAUGUUCAUGGGGAUGGAUGCAAACUUGGAUCCGGAAUUCUACCUUUUCCGUUGAUUGAACCUCAGAAGAGUUAUGAUAUUAAGUGGCGGUCAGCUCUGUGGUAUCCUCUAUGGACUUCGUCAUCUGCAGAGGAAUAUUUUUUAACAAUAACAGCUAAGCUUUUGCGUUCCACACGCUGGGUUGAAGCUGGUCAUGUUAUCUCAUCUACCCAAGUCCAGUUGCCUUCCAAAAGAGAGAUUGUUCCUCAUGUCAUCAAGACUGAAGAUGCUGUGUUUGUCAGUGAAACUCUUGGGGAUAAAAUUAGAGUCAGCCGAGAUAGCUUUUGGGAGAUCAUAUUUAGUGUUCAAACGGGAACAGUUGACAGCUGGACGGUCGAAGGAGUCCCUUUGAUGACGAAAGGCAUAUUUCCAUGCUUCUGGCGAGCACCAACAGAUAAUGACAAAGGAGGAGGUGCCAGUAGUUAUUUCUCCUUAUGGAAAGCUGCUCAUAUUGAUAACCUUCAUUAUAUUACCCAAAGCUGUUCUAUACAGAAUAAGACGGACCAUCUUGUGAAAAUAGCUGUGGCUUUUCUUGGUGUUCCAAAGGAGGAGGGUGCUAAGAGGAAAAAGAUUAAAAUUGAAGUUGAUGUGAUUUACACAAUUUAUGGUUCAGGAGACGUUGUUGUUGAAUGUAAUGUAAGACCAAGUUCGAACCUUCGACUUCUGCCACGUGUGGGAGUUGAGUUCCAUUUGGAUAAGUCAAUGGAUCAGAUUAAGUGGUAUGGAAGAGGACCAUUUGAAUGUUAUCCAGACAGAAAAGCAGCUGCUCAUGUUGCGGUCUAUGAGCAGAAAGUGGAUGACAUGCAUGUCCCUUAUAUAGUUCCUGGGGAAUGUUCAGGUAGGGCAGAUGUUAGAUGGGUGACAUUCCAAAACAAGGAUGGUUUCGGAAUAUAUGCAUCAGUGUAUGGCAGCUCUACGCCUAUGCAACUAAAUGCAAGUUACUACACCACAGCUGAGCUUGAUCGGGCAACGCAUAAUGAAGAUCUUAUCAAAGGAGAUGACAUUGAGGUUCAUCUUGAUCACAAGCACAUGGGCCUGGCUGGGGAUGAUAGUUGGUCGCCCUGCGUCCACGACGAGUAUCUGGUUCAUGCUGUUCCAUACUCAUUUUCAAUUAGGCUGUGCCCGAUAACCCCUGCAACCUCUGGCCAAGCCGUGUACAAAACUCAACUUCAAAACUAGUAGACAUGAUGGGCUCAAGAACUUGGUAAUGAGUACCGAGUGAUUGACAAUGUAUGUGGCCAUGAAAUAAGAUGUCUAAGCUUAUUUGCAACGAAUAAUAUAAAGGCAAAACAUAUCAGUCUGUAAUAUUCUGAUUAUGAAACAUUUGUAUUUAAUAGUGCUUUUGUCUGAAGCAUUUUAGUGGUGGAUCAUGCCUACUACAAUCAAUCUAAGCAAUUUAGUACUUUCCCUCC